CGGUGAAGGUUGAGAAUAUUUCUGCGUUCCUCGACAGAGAAGCAUACUUCAGCCCCGGGUCCUGUGAGUGAAGCGUCCAUCACUGACAUGAAUGACCAUGCUGCUCUCUGAUUGGAUGCUCUCAGGUGCUGAUGCUGAUGAUGUUUCUCUAGACGUGUUCCCUAUAGUGAGAGAGGGGCGGGUAAAGGGUUGAACCCACCAGCAGACAGUCUGAUCACAGGGCGUAUCUCUUCAUCCCCUUUUUCUUCCCUCGCGCGAAAUAAGAGAAAGCGAUCGGUAGGGUGAAACCUGAGCAUCUUUGGGUUGCAACAGGGGAAGGUUCAGCAGCUCUCUUAAGCUCACAAGGUACGUUGAACAGUUUUUUGUGACCAUGUCCACCCCGGACAAGAGGACACAGUGGAAUGAGGAUUUAUCUCACUUCCAAAAGGACCACGGCCUUUCCCGAAAAGUCUUACUUAACUGCUGCUUGUUCAGGCGGAUCUUCUCCUGGGCUUCUCCCAACAGAAAAGAUAGUGUCGAAGAUGAGCUGGAGCUUUCUGCUGUACGGCAUCGACCAGAAGCUCUGGAACAGCUGGAGGCUCAGUCUCGCUUCUCUCGCAAAGAGCUUCAAAUCCUCUACCGGGGCUUUAAGAACGAAUGCCCAAGUGGUGUGGUCAAUGAAGAUACAUUUAAGGACAUUUAUGCUCAGUUCUUCCCACAGGGAGAUGCAUCAACGUACGCACAUUUUCUGUUCAAUGCAUUCGACACAGACCACAACGGCUCUGUCAGUUUUGAGGAUUUUGUGAUGGGUCUUUCCAUUCUGUUGCGAGGCACAAUCCAGGAGAAACUCAACUGGGCGUUUAACCUAUAUGAUAUAAAUAAAGAUGGAUAUAUAACGAAAGAGGAAAUGUUUGAUAUCAUAAAGUCCAUCUAUGACAUGAUGGGAAAGUGCACAUAUCCCAUCCUUAAAGAGGACACUCCACGACAACACGUGGAGAUAUUUUUCCAGAAAAUGGACAGAAACAGAGAUGGAGUGGUCACUAUAGAUGAAUUUAUAGACUGCUGCCAAAACGAUGAGAACAUCAUGAGAUCGAUGCAGCUUUUUGAGAAUGUCAUUUAACAUCUGAACAUAGACUCUGUCUGGCCGGUUCAUAUACAGUUACCACCUUUAUACUCCACAAACCCUGAUGUUUCCCGUGAUAUUGAAGGAGCGCGAACAUACCAGUGAUUUACCAAUAAACCGGCAUUAACACCAUUUUUAAUAUCGAAGAAAUUAUUUUUUACAGUUUUUUUCAUAUCCUUUACUUUGGUGAGUAAGGGAAUGUACAUAAUUCCUGCAAUGUUUCAGCAAAUCUCUGAAAAUGUAAUUGUUUAUAACAUUUAUUUCAAGAAAUUAAUUGUCCCUUUUUUUGUUUAACACUCAUGACAAAUCUGCAUUUAACUCAAUUGCUAGCUAGGUUACCAAUGUUUUUAACACAUGGCAAAGGACAGAUGCAUCAGACAGUUUACUAUAUAGAUUCAUAGACCAUUUGCAUACCAUUUACAUACAACUGUGCUUAUGAACUAGUGUGUAAAGCACAGAAAUCAAUAAUAAUUCAAAGUUCUAGCCUUCUUUCUGUCUAGAAGUACAAAUGUGCGCCUUUCAAUUUUUACAAAACCAUUCCAGAAAGUUCUUUCUAAACCAGUGGGUCCAGCCAAAACAAGUCAAACAAAGAUAAAAAUACAAUUGUAUGUUUUUAAAAAUGUAUUUAAAGAAGAUAUUUACUUUUUUCAAUUUGCCAACUAGAGUAUCUAUUAUAGAUUGAAAGCUACAGGUAGCACUUCAAAGCACACAUUGUCUUUGUCUUAGGGAUAAAAACACACAAUAAUGCUGCUUUUAUGUGUCUUUACAUUUAAAUGUCCUUGUGAAAAAUCACAUUUUCUGCUUUUAUGUUUACAUUUAUUUGGCACUGUAUUGCUGUUCUCGAAGCAACAGGAUUCAUGUUCGGAUUUAUUUAUUAAGAGCAUCAAGGGCUGCGGGCUGUUCAGUCUGUAGUCAUGCAGUGUAAGGUUUUUAUUUAUUUUUCAUCUGUGAACCUCAGUAUUUGUGUGUCUGUAAAGAGCAUAUAUUAAAAUCAAAGGAAUGUCA